AUGCGUAUUGUUGCGGGAUCUCGCGGUUGGCGCGCUUUGUAGUUUGCGCACAUUUUCAUGCUGAUUUGUCGGCGCUGUUUUAUAAGGAAUGAAGUGCCAUGUACCGGAAAUAUCCUGGCACAAUCGAGAUCCCAUCUUGAGCAUCGACUUCCAGCCGUCAAAUGACAAAUGUCGAAGGCUGGCCAGCUGUGGUACGGACACGCAUAUCAUGAUAUGGUUCGUAAUAGUGCACCACAAUGGGGAAACCAGCCUUGAAUUUCGCUCCGACCUGAACAGGCAUACCAAGACCGUCAACACUGUACGAUUCUCAAAUAAUGGCGAACUACUUGCAUCAGGAGAUGAUGAUGCAAAUGUUAUCAUUUGGAAACAAGUGGACAAAAACCCCGGUGACGUGUUCGACGAAACAGUAGAAAACAAGGAACACUGGGUGGCGCAGAAAGUGCUGAGGGGACACAUUGAUGACGUCUGCGACAUCUGCUGGUCACCCGAUAAUAUGUACCUGCUGUCUGGGUCGGUGGACAACUCUGCCAUUAUCUGGAACGUUGAAAAAGGCAAGAAGGUGUCUCUGCUGAACGAAAACAAAGGCUUCGUCCAAGGUGUUGCGUGGGACCCCAGAGACACCUACUUCACCACCCUCAGUUCGGACAGGGCAUUGCGUAUAUUUAAGGUCGCCAACAAGAAGGUCGCCUACAAGAUACACAAAGCUGUUGUCCCACACGAAGGGCUGAGCGAUAAGGACAAAGGAACUAGGCUGUUUUAUGAUGACACGCUGAAAUCCUUCUGUCGGCGGUUGGCAUUCUCGCCUGAUGGCGAACUGCUGGUUGCACCUUGUGGCAUCAUUGAGCAGGACAGUGGCAGAGUGGUCAACACAGUCUACAUCUUUGCUCGGAGCGAUCUGUCUGAGCCGGCCUACUACUUGCCUAUCGGUGAGAAGCCAAGCUUGGUGAUACGCUUCUGUCCGGUUUUCUUCAAGCUGCAAACACCUGGUGCAAACGAUGAUGGAGCCUGCAAGGAAGAAGUGGAGGAGCCGUUAAUCAGCCUGCCGUACAGGAUGGUGUUUGCAGUGGCCACGCAGAAGGCCAUAUUGUUGUACGAUACCCAACAUACCGUGCCUUUUGCCCACAUCUCAAACAUUCAUUACACAAGGCUCAGCGAUUUGACUUGGUCUUCCGAUGGCAGGGUGUUAGCUGCUUCAUCAACUGAUGGAUACUGCUCCCUGAUCACGUUUGGUGAGAUAGAGUUGGGCGAGGUCUACGACGGUUCCUUCCCAUUUAAGGAAACUGUAGAAAACAACAGUGACUCCCCAUCUGGAUCAAAAAGCAAUUCUCCUUCAGAACCUAAAAAUGUUCCACCAAAGAAGAGAGACAUAUUUAGAACUAACAAAAGGAAAAGCGCCAGUUUCAAGUCAACAGAAGCCGCAGCAAGGGUUAGUACCAGCCCACGCACUAGAAAGACACCGGGUGACAUCAUUGUCAUCGAUGACGAAGAAGACGCUCUCAGCGGCAGGAAAAGCUCUGAACAGUCUAACGGAAAUGGUGGAAUGGGGCUGGAAGACAAGAAAUGUAAUGGAGUCGCGUUUGAGAAAUGCCAGCUGACAAGGAGAGGCAGUGGCGAACAGAAACUUGGUGCAGAUUUGAAAAAUGCAGCAGCCAGCAAAGACGAAACAGUCCAUAAAGAAGGCAGUGGUGGUAGUGUUGACUUGGUAAACACGUGCACCAAGGACAAAUUAGUGCCCGAGGUUGCAAGUGUGACGAAGAUGGACUUGGGAGAUCCUGAACAGGAAUCUGCGGAAGUUCAGCAGUCUAUGGAAGUUUGUGAAGGGGAAACUGCACCCCAAGUUGCGAGUGGCCACUCAAGCGGUCAGGAUUCCGAAAUAAUAGCCUCCGACAACAGCGAGGACCAAAAGCAAUCUCCAGAAUCAAGCAGUGCAAAUGUAGAAUCGGGGAAGUCUGCAGAUCUUCCAAAGAAAGCACCUCGACGAGUUCAGCUGGUUACGCUCUGUACAAAGAAAUUGUGACACACUAGCCAACAAUGAAGGUGAAGUUGCGAGUGGAAGCCCAACAUGGGAAUGACAACUGGCCAGAGAUGCACUGGAGGCACUUGGACAGCAUUGAAUCAACCCAAAAAGCAGACAUUCCUGUAUUGAUUUUUCACUCGCAAUCCAUUGUAUAUGACACUGUAAGUUAAAUUUUAGCAACAUUGUGUAGCGCUGCCGAUUACCUUGCAUGUUGAGUCAUACAAUUUCCUUGUAAUAAAUAUAUUUUGGCCAUCUCUCUA